AUGGGGCGGCUCUUGUUGAUUCCUCUGUCGGCAUGCCUCUUCUCCACGCUAUUGCUCGCACAGGCGAUGAGUGCAACUCCAUUGAAAGUGAGUACCACACCCAUCUUCCCUGCAAUCUCCAGAGAUAAGAUGAACAAGGACUUCCAGGUGCUACUGAACAUCGAGGCGCCACCAGCAGCCAAUAGCCAUGUCCCCAUCGACGUCGUCGUGGUGCUUGAUGUCAGCGGUAGCAUGAAUGAUCCGGUGGUGUCGUCGCCGGCGCCGGAGAGCAGCCAUGCGUCGAGGUUAGAUGUGCUUAAGGCGGCCAUGAGGUUCGUCGUCAGGACGCUUGACGAGGGUGACCGCCUGUCCAUUGUGGCAUUUAACGACGGACUGGUCAAAGAAUACAGCACCGGUUUGCUGGACAUUUCCGGUGAUGGCCGGAGCAUCGCCGGAAGAAAGGUCGAACAACUCGAGGCUCGCGGUGGCACCGCACUAAUGCCAGCCUUGGAGAAGGCCAUCAGGAUCCUGGAUGAGCGAGCAGGCAACAGCCGGAGCCGCCUAGGAUUCAUCCUCCUCCUGACCGACGGCGACGACACGAGCGGGUUCCGGUGGAGCCGCGAUGCCAUCCAUGGCGCCCUCAGCAGGUACCCGGUUCACACCUUCGGCCUGGGCUCGGCGCACGACCCGGAGCCGCUGCUCCACAUCGCGCAAGAAUCACGGGGCACCUACUCCUUCGUCGAGGACGAGAACCUGGACAAGAUCGCCGGCUCCCUCGCCGUGUGCGUCGGUGGGCUCAAGACCGUCGCCGCCGUCGACACGCGCGUCACCCUCAAGGCCGUGGAGCUAAGCGGCGCGAGGAUAGAGCGCAUCGACUCAGGGGGCUUCGAGAGCCGCGUCGCCUGCGGCGGGGCCUCCGGCGAGGUCGUCAUCGGCGUCCUCUACGCUGGCGAGGUGAAGAGCUUCGUCGUCCACCUCAACGUGCCUGCGUCGUCGUCGUCGUCCGCGGAGUGUGGUUACUGCGACGGCGACACCGCCACGGUCUGCGACUUUCUCCAUCAUUGUCACCAUUUUCGCCAGCAGCACCUGCUCGACGUGGGCUGCAAAUACGCCCACGCUCCGGGUGCCGCGGCGGUAUCCAUCGAUGGAGACGGCGUGUUCGUCCAAAGGCCCGAGGUGGGUGCCGUCGCCGUCGACGGCAAUCGACCGGUCGUCCUCCCCUCCCCUGUUGUGCUGCAGCACCUGGUCCGGUUCGAGCUGCUGGAGCUAGUCGCCGGCGUCGCCGAAAGUGAGAUGCUGGUCAAGGCGACGAAGCAGCCUCACGGUAACUCGCGCGCCGGCGACGUUCUGCAGAGCAAGUGGGAGGAGUUCCGGAGAGGUCGGCAGUUCUGGGGCGGAGUGGAGCUGGACGGCGUCGCGAAGGAGGUGGACGCCAUGGUGAGCAGCCUCGGGAGGGGACUAGGCUACGUCGGCUCGUGGGUGUCGAGCCAGCAGAUGCAGCGCGCCACCGCAAUGGGCUCGCCGGACAAGGUGGUCGCUGAGUUCCUGACACCGGCGAUGGUGACAACGCUGGAGAAGGCGCAGAAGCUGCCGCCUCCAGCUGCGAUUUCUGGCUGCGCCGGCGCCGGCGCCGGCGAUGACGAUCUGUACGAGGUGAUCGGACAGCGGCUGGAGCUGUGGUCCAAGGUGAGGAGGGAGGCGCCGCUGAUGUACAAGCCGUCGUCGUCGUCGUCGGAAGAGGAGGAGCUGAUGACGGCCUUGUUCCGGGAGGCGUCGCUGGAGGCCAUCGACAGAGCGAUGCACCGCGACAUCUACCUGGCAGUAGUUCAUGCGAGCAACCAGAGGCGAUUAUACGACGGUCGCAACGAUCGGGCUCCGGGGAGAUAG